AUGUGGGCUCUUAAAUCCUACAACUGUGAGCACUGCGGGAGUGACUUUAUCAGCGGCAGGGCUCUGAAGUAUCACUUUCAACAGAAGCAUCUUGGAGAAGUUCACCAUGAAAAAUGUGACCAAGACGUCCUGAGGGAGACGCAGCAAGGUCACAGUGAGCCUACACGUGACAGGUCAACCAUGGAGACACACAAGCUACACUGGGAAAAUCUAGAAGAAAGGAACGUAAAAUACAUGGCUACAAAAAUAUCAAAAACAUGUAGGAUGUGUUCUAGACACUUUGGAACAGUCCUUAGCCGGGAGAACCACGAAAUACGAGAGCAUCACUUUACAGCCUGCAAAAGAGCCCAAAUGUCCGCAGGAUUUUCACCUCAUAAUAUGUUGGAGUGUAAAGGUCCCCAAGAGCUACGGAGAUUUGCAGACCGACACAUCUGCCCUGCCUCUGGUUCUCAAAGAGCUGCCUGUGCAGCUGAGGUCGGUGCCCUGCUCCAGCUGAUCCAGGAUUCCUUUCCAGUGCCGGCCUCCCGAGUGAUCCAGGGUGGUUCUUACGUGAAAGGGACCGACACCCAAGGAUCCUCGGAGAUUGACAUCGUGCUGCUCAGCAAGGCAUCUGCCGAUGUGAACCACUUCAAGAAACAACUGAGAGACGGGUUGGAGACUCUGAGAGAGAACUUGAAGCGAACUGCAUAUGGAAACAGGAUACUAAUGGGAAGGAGAACACCGCUGUCUUUAAGAUUCAGUUUUUUAUGUACUGAAAGUCUUCACAGCCAUUCCGUUGAGAUCAUGGCCUACUAUGAUGUCCUGGGGCCUACACCUUCCACAGAUUUAAAACGUCACCUUUACCGCGAGCUAUACCUCUGUGAGGACAGUGACGAGGCCCAGCUGUGUGCCUUGGCCCUUUUACCAUACCAAGUGGAUUUCGUCAAGGCCUCUGUCGUAAGGCUGAAGGAGCUCAUUCGUUUAAUGAUACAUUGGCUCCAGACAUCAUUUGCCGGCCCCACUGAAGAGAACAAAUUUCGGAGACUUCCCUCCUCUUACUCAUUGGAGCUCCUCACCAUAUAUAUCUGGGAACGGGCGGAGAAGCCCCCGUCUUUCAGCCUGUUGCAGGGAAUGAGGGCAGUCCUCAAACUUCUGGUUCAAUAUGCAGAUAUCGACGUGGUUUGGCACAGACACUAUCAUCGCAAGUUCCCCGUUUUUGUAAAAGUUAACCAGAAGCGCACAAGGCCAUUCAUUUUAGACCCUGUAAAUCCUACUGUCAACGUGUGUGACACCUGCAAUGCCUGGGAUGAAGUUGCCCAUGUGGCGAAACUCAGUUUACGGAAGCCUCUCUUCAGCGGAGUGAGAGCUGAGCCCCCCUGGCUUUUCACAGAUGCCUGGUGA